UAGGGGGUUCUGCUCCUCAGAACACAUUUUUCUUAACACCACCUCUCAAUCUUAGAGUGAGGAACUUUUCAGUUCUAUCCUCUUCUCUUCUCUUCUCUUAUUUUCUCUUCUCUUCAUCUCAUCCAUUUUCUUCCAACUUCCAUCGUUUUCUCUUCAGCUUUAUUCCGUUCAUUAGAAAUCUCCCUCUCAAGUUUGAUUUUGUGUUGGGUUGAAUUAGCCUGAAUUCGGGAAGGAAAAAUAGUUUCAGCUGUUUGAUUAGAACUUAUUUGAAAUUUAGAGAUUCUACAGCAUGCUGCAGGCCUGGUUUCAGGAAAUUAGUAUUCUUUGGGUUGGGUUGUUUGGUUAAGUUGUGUUUUGAGAAUUGGUUCUUGUCGGUCAGAACCAAUUUGAAUCCUGAAGAAAUAUCUUUCUGGUUUCUGAAAGAUAGAUCUCAGGCAGGAAUGGAGAAUGUUUCUGGGUUUAGCAAGGAAGAAGAGCAGAUUGAUUUGCCUCCUGGUUUCCGGUUCCACCCGACUGACGAAGAGCUUAUAACACACUACCUGUCCAAGAAGGUCGUUGACAGCAGCUUCUAUGCUAGAGCAAUUGGAGAGGUAGAUUUGAAUAACUGUGAACCUUGGGAUAUGCCACGGAGAGCAAAAAUGGGAGAGAAGGAGUGGUAUUUCUUCUGUGUUAGAGACAGAAAAUACCCAACUGGUUUGAGGACGAACAGGGCCACUGCUGCUGGUUACUGGAAGGCCACAGGAAAAGACAAGGAGAUUUACAGAGGGAAAACACUGGUUGGAAUGAAGAAAACCCUGGUUUUCUACCGAGGAAGAGCUCCCAAAGGAGAAAAAACCAACUGGGUCAUGCACGAGUAUAGGUUAGAGGGAAAGUUCUCUAUUUCUAACUUGCCCAAAACAGCGAAGAACGAGUGGGUAAUCUGUAGGGUAUUUCAAAAGAGCUCAGGUGGGAAGAAAAUUCACAUUCCAGGACUAGUGAGAAUGAGCUCCUUGAGCGAUGAAUUGGCUCCAUCUACUCUACCUCCAUUAAUGGAUUCUUCUCCCUACAACAGCAAGACCAAAGCAUCUGUUGCUGAGACAGCUCACGUGACCUGCUUCUCCAACCCAAUGGAGGACCGGAAAAACCAGGAAGAGAUGAUUGAUUGCUUCAACUCUCCUCUGUUCGCUUCUUCUACAAACCCUUUUGAUCCAUCCCCUGCUUCAUUGCUUUUUUCAAAAUUCAAUCUCCCAAACUCAUUCUACACCACGCAAGGUGCUACAAGUCUCGGAAAUCUGCAAUACCCAGGUUCCGUUUUGAUGCAAGACCAGACCUUCUUAAGGGCUUUACUUGAAAACCAUGGAUCAACCAUGAUGAAGCAGAAUUUCAAAACAGAGAGGGAGAUGGUAAGCAUUUCUCAGGAAACGGGAUUGUCGACUGAAAUGAACACCGAGAUCUCUUCGGUUGUCUCAAACCAUGAGGAUCCAUCCACCUCGGCUGGACCUGUGGACCUUGACUGUUUAUGGAACUAUUAAAGAAGACGGAGGAGGAGAAAGAGCAGCUUCGCUGUUGUCUACGAUUAGUGUUGUGUGCAUAAGUUCUCUGAAUGAAAAAAUAACGUGAGGGAAAAUGAAGGAUAUUAGAUGUUGUAUCAUACAAAAAUUAAACUUUUUUUUUUUUUUUACUUUGUUAUUUUGAUUUUUUGGGGAGAUUUUUAUAAUUGUCAUAAAAAGCUUGUAUUCACAUUGUGAAAGAGGAUUAAUUUGGUAGCUAACUGGUGACAAUACGAGCUUAUAUUUUUAAUGGCAUUCAGCCCCACAGAUUGCUGUGCUAACGACAUGAGUUCCAUUAUUA